AGCCUCUGACCUUCUCAGCAAACAGUCAGAGGGUCUCUUAUUCCGGUUUGCCUGCUCCAGGCUGCCAUGGCCAGCCUCCUACCAGUGUCCCCUUCAACAACCUGAACCACCUUGGAAACAGCAGGUUGGACGCUGUAUCUGCAAGCUCCGGAAAAUGAAGAAGGGAGAAAAUGUCUUAUAAGGACUUUCGAGAAAGCAGACUGAGGUUCUCGGACUCCCUUAAUGGUCAGCGCUGGAUAUUCCUGAAAAAAGGUCUAGAUGACUUCAGAGAUGGCUUUCCUCCUUCAUCUGAUAACAUGAUUGUGUACGGUAGAAAGCGGCCUGUCUCAAUUACCCUUCAAAACCGCACACUGAAAUCUUUGUCCACAGUCCCAUGGAAGAAAAGAAAGAAGUGUGCUAAAACGCAGGUCUGUCUUUCCAAGCUCAGCCCACUGCAGCAAGCCAGGAGGGAUUAUGUUGCACAGAUAGAGCGCUGUCUGAACCAGCAACCCUUGAUUCUCUACCCACGCUUGGAAAAAAGUAUCUCCACAAAGCUCUUGAGAGAGGUUGCUGGUGUCCCGGAUCCUGAAAUGCUUUUGAAGAGCAAGUCUGGCUACAAUGACUAUGAACAGGAGAACCAACCCCUUCAGGAGGUGCCGGAUCAUACGGAGGACACGCAAAGCAAAGUAACAGCUGCUGAGACACGAGUACACGGCACAGAGUCUCGAGGCAAAAACCGGUGUACACGGCUUUCCAAGAAGGUAGCAGCAAGAGAAAAGGAGGCCAUGCCAACUGACUUCAUUCCCCCUGAUGAACACGUAAAGCGAGUAACCAAGCAUUUUUGUGACUGGGUUAUGUCUUUGGGAGGAGGGAACUGCAGUAUUGAUGAAGAUACCCUGGUGAGCUUGCUCAACACCAGCUGUGAAAGGGAGGCCACUGUCCCUUCACCUUUCCAUGCUGUGAAAUUCAACACUGCGGAAGCAGAGCAGUCAAAGAGCCAGGAGAUUUCACCUCCCCAGUUAGCUGUCAGGAGUUCUUCUCAUCACCUAAGGAGCCUUUCCUGCCAGGUUAAGGUCCUUUCCCAAACAAAAUGGGAGAAGAUCAGAUACGGAGUGUGGUAUCUUGAUCCCAAAACAUGGAGAAAACAGAAAGCGAAUGAACCAUUAAAAGCUCCAGAGGCAACAAUCAACAGCCUCGGGAAUGCAAAGAACCGGUCUGAAAAGGAGAUGGAAGUCACACAGCUCCACAGCACACAGGCCUUUAAGGAUUUCCUGGAAAGAAAGGGCUACAGAAAGCCUUGGUUCCUUCUGAAAAUGCUGGCUGUGGGAAAUGAUAGUAGAGCUCCGGAGGAGACAUCCAAAGCUUGCAAGGAAGUGACUGAAGAGAUACGACAAAAUAAGAGAAGUUAUUUUCGUGACCGUGAAUUAAUACAGAUUUCUAAAUUAUCUUAAGAUUAAUAGAAGCUAGUAGCUGAGCUGCUCCUAAAGGAAUAUUCUUCCAUUAGAAUAAACUUAAAGGUAGUUUUGAGUUACUUCUGAAAUGGUCAGGUAGUUCGACAAUGGAAUGUAGACUACCACAUUCCAGGCACAAACCACUUGGCUAGCCUAGCAGUGCUUGGGCUUGCCUAGAAGGCACUGAUGAUGUCUUGUGCUGUAACGUGCUGGCUUAGUCAAAGACCCUGGUCCACAAAAUCUUAUUGUUUUUUAAGCAUCCACAUUGUGCUUGCUGCUUUACAGAAUAUGAAAAAGUGAUCUCUGAAUUCCUUAAGGCGUAACUGGCUGCAAUCUACAUACCUACUGAAAAAAUGAAACCUUCCACCUGAGAGUGUACAAAGUGACACUCUUCUGCAGAAAGAUCCCACCAUGGACAAACCUUGUGCUAACAAAAGUAGACUUAAUAUAGUGAGGCCACGAAAAAUCAUAGCCUGUUAUCUAUUGCUGCACCAAAAAUACCUAAUAAAGACAGCUGAAGCCUUUACAGCGCAGGAACUGGGCUGUCCCAUAGCCCUUUGGCCUAUUUGUGAGUUUAACUGCAGCUUUGCCUGGUUGAUUACGGUCAUAAGCUGCUUCCUUUGCUGAAUUCCCUACUGUAAAACAAUGUCUUUGAGCUCAAGGAUUUGUUUAGCUCAGCUUUGAGAUGUUCUGAGGUUUCUGCUGCUAAAUAAAACUUUUGGUCAAACUGGAAA